AAGAAGAAACCACAACAAGAUAUGCGAAACUUUACCUGGGCUGUCAGUCGGUUUCGGUCUUUUCACUAAGAGGGAUGGGACUCCUAACAGGGAGAAGCGUCUUAUCUGCACUUUUAUUCGUGGUUCUGCUGGCGGGAGGAUACCUCCGAUGGGUGGAGGCCCAGCACUGUGUGUGGUACGGUGAGUGUGGAGAGUCCGCAAAGGUGCCUGGAAAAAAGUACAACUGCAACUACACCGGUCCCCCUCGCCCAUUAGAUCCUGAAGAUUACCAUCUGCUCACGGAGCUUUGUCCUGGAUACGACUAUGGGAACCGAAGUCUCUGCUGCGACGCUGCCCAGCUGCGAACCCUCCAAGGGAGUCUCCAGCUGCCCCUUCAGUUCCUCUCCCGGUGUCCGGCCUGUUUCUUCAACCUGAUGAACCUCUUCUGUGAGCUGACGUGCAGCCCCCACCAGAGUCAGUUUGUCAACGCCACCAAGUUCAAUGCCUCCAACGUGGUGGAAGUGCAGUACUACAUCGGACAAACAUUUGCUAACGCCAUGUACAACGCCUGUAGGGAUGUCCAGGCGCCGUCUAGCAACGUGAAGGCCUUGUCGCUGCUGUGUGGCAAAGACGCAAAGGACUGCAACGCCACUAACUGGAUCCAGUACAUGUUCAAUAUCGACAACGGACAGACUCCCUUUCCCAUCAUCCCGAUAUUCUCUGAUGUGCCGGUGUCGGGGUACACGCCCAUGAACAACAAAACAUACGACUGCACCGAGGGCUUGGAGGACGGCUCGGGUCCCUGCUCCUGUCAGGACUGCGCAAAAGCCUGUGGCCCCAAACCUGAACCUCCUCCUCUCCCCCUUCCCUGGACUAUCCUCGGUAUGGAUGCCAUGACGGUCAUCAUGUGGAUCUCUUACACGGCCUUCCUGCUGAUCUUUAUUGGCGUUGUGGUCGGAGCUUGGUGUUACAGGAGAAGGACCAUCCUGUCCGAGUACGGCCCCAUUCUGGACAGCAACAACCCGCUGUCUCUCAACAGUGAUAAUCCCGACCAGGUGAACGCGUCGUGCUGUGAAACGCUGGGGGAACGCUUUGAGAACGCCCUGCGGACCCUCUUCAGCUGCUGGGGCUCCUUCUGUGUGCGGCAUCCGUGUCUGGUGAUCCUGGGCAGCCUGAUGCUGGUGGGGGCCUCCUCGGGGGGCCUGGUCUACAUGCGCAUCACCACAGACCCCGUCGACUUGUGGUCGUCUCCCAUGAGCCAGGCUCGCCAAGAGAAGAACUACUUUGACGAACAUUUCGGACCUUUCUUCAGAACUACUCAGCUCAUUAUAACCACUCCGGUCAACGACACCUUCAUCUACUCCCCGUACUUUGGAGGAUCAGAUGUCCCGUUCGGAGCCAUUCUGAGCAAAGACAUCCUGCACCAGGUGCUCGAUCUGCAGCUGGACAUCGAAAGCAUCGUGGCCACAUACGAGGGCCAGAACGUCACCCUGAAGGACAUCUGCUUGGCUCCGCUGGCCCCGUACAACAACAACUGUACCAUCCUGAGUGUCCUGAACUACUUCCAGAAUAGCCACGCCGUGCUGGACCACAGCAAAGGAGACGAGUUUUAUGUCUACGCUGACUUUCACAGCCAUUUCCUCUACUGUGUCAGCGCACCGGCGUCCCUCAACGAUACCACCGUCCUCCACGAUCCCUGUUUGGGCACCUUCGGCGGGCCUGUCUUCCCCUGGCUGGCACUGGGGGGUUACGAUGACUCAAACUUCAACAACGCCACUGCUCUCGUGAUCACCUUCCCGCUCAACAACUACCUGGACGACUCGGUCCGACAAGGCAAAGCUCUGGCGUGGGAAAAAGAAUUCAUCCGGUUCAUGAAGAAUUUCCAAAACCCCAACCUGACCGUGGCCUUCACGUCAGAGAGGAGCAUCGAGGACGAGAUCGAGAGGGAGAGCAACAGCGACAUCAGCACCAUCGUCAUCAGCUACGCCAUCAUGUUCGUCUACGUCUCUCUGGCUCUGGGUCACAUCCAGAGCUUCAGGAGGCUCCUGGUGGACUCUAAGAUUUCUCUGGGUAUAGCAGGUAUCCUGAUCGUGCUGAGCUCUGUGUCCUCCUCGCUGGGCAUCUUCAGCUACGCCGGCAUCCCGCUCACGCUCAUUGUGAUCGAGGUCAUUCCCUUCCUUGUGCUGGCUGUCGGCGUGGACAACAUCUUCAUUAUAGUGCAGACGUACCAGAGGGACGAGCGAAUGCCACAGGAAGAGAUCCACCAGCAGAUCGGUCGCAUUCUGGGAGACGUAGCCCCCAGCAUGUUUCUCUCCUCCUUCUCUGAGACUGUGGCCUUCUUCCUGGGAGCCCUGUCCAACAUGCCUGCAGUCAGGACCUUCUCCAUGUUCGCUGGCCUGGCUGUUUUCAUUGACUUCCUGUUGCAGAUCAGCUGCUUCGUCAGCUUGCUGGGUUUGGACGCCAAAAGACAGGAGGAGAAUCGACUCGACAUCAUCUGCUGUGUGAAACUGCCAGAGGGCCAGGAAACCAACACAGAUGGCUUCCUCUUCCGUUUUUUCAAGAAAGUCUUUGCCCCAUUCAUCCUGAAGGAGUGGGUGCGACCGAUCAUAGUGGCGGUGUUUGUGGGAAUGCUCUCCUUCAGCAUUGCGGUGGUGAAUAAAGUGGAGAUUGGACUGGACCAGAAGUUAUCCAUGCCCGACGACUCGUACGUGCUGGACUACUUCAAGAACUUGAGCGAGUAUCUGCACACCGGAGCUCCAGUGUACUUUGUGGUGGAGGACGGUCUGAACUACAGCAGUCCGGAGGGCCAGAACGUUGUGUGUGGAGGGGUGGGCUGCAACAACGACUCCCUGGUCCAGCAGGUCUACACGGCCUCGCUCAUGAGCAACUACACAACCAUUGCCUACACACCGUCCUCCUGGCUGGACGACUACUUUGACUGGGUGAAGCCUCAGUCGACCUGCUGUCGCUACUACAACAGCUCUGGACAAUUCUGCAACGCCUCGGUGGUGAACCCGUCCUGCAUGCCCUGCCGGCCCAUGACUCCCAGUGGAAAGCAGAGACCUGAAGGACAAGACUUCAUGCGGUUUCUGCCCAUGUUCCUGUCGGACAAUCCCAACGUCAAGUGUGGCAAAGGCGGCCAUGCAGCCUACGCCACGGCAGUCGACCUGUAUCCCAACAACACGGGGGUGGGAGCCACCUACUUCAUGACUUACCACACCAUCCUGAAGGAGUCGCCGGACUUUAUAGACGCCUUGAGAAUGGCUCGAGUCCUGGCUGAAAACAUCAGUCAGUCCAUUGACCACAAAGUGUUUGCCUACAGCGUCUUCUACGUGUUCUACGAGCAGUACCUCACCAUCGCGUACGACACGGCCUUGAACCUGAGCGUGUCGCUGGCCUCCAUCUUCGUGGUGACGACGGUGCUGCUGGGCUUCGAGCUGUGGUCGGCGGUGAUCGUCAGCAUCACCAUCGCCAUGAUCCUGGUCAACAUGUUCGGCGUCAUGUGGCUGUGGAGCAUCAGCCUCAACGCAGUGUCCCUGGUCAACCUGGUCAUGAGCUGUGGGAUCUCCGUGGAGUUCUGCAGCCAUAUUGUUCGAGCGUUUUCCAUCAGCGUGAGGAGGAACCGAGUGGAGCGGGCCGAGGAGGCGCUGGCUCACAUGGGAAGCUCCGUGUUCAGUGGGAUCACGUUAACAAAGUUUGGCGGUAUCUUAAUCCUGGCGCUUUCCAAGUCCCAGAUCUUCCAGGUGUUCUACUUCAGGAUGUACUUGGCCAUCGUGCUGCUGGGGGCGACACACGGCCUCAUCUUCCUCCCUGUCCUGCUCAGCUACAUAGGUCCAUCGGUGAACAAAGCCAAAGUGUUUGCUGCUAACAAACGCUACGCCGGCACAGAAAGGGAGCGCCUCCUCAACUACUAGGGAGCUUUUUGGGCCGGCGAACAAUGAACUAACUGUUUGUCUGGGAGUGACUGUGUGGGCGUGAGAGCGAGCCGGUUCUGUCAUCACUGACACACUCAUCGUCAUCGCCACUACUAUGCAUGGAUUUAACUCAGGAAAAUACUUGGGAACGGACGUGCCAGAGGCCUUGUCCAGCUGCAUACUUACGGCUUUUCCUCAGAACACUUUGGACCCACCAGCCCUCCUCCUCCUCUUCCUCCUCCUCCUCCUCCUCACACUACAGGACAAGCAUAACUUCAGUAUUUGAAGCAGGAGCAACGUACCACAGAAGGGACACUCUGACAGUGUGGAAGUGGGAGAAGCAUCACCGCCAACCUCAGUUUACAGGCGAACCUAUCAGUCAGAAUGAGCUAUUUUGAUUUGGGAAAACUCAAAAGGGUAAAACUGGUCAGUUUUUUAUACAUAAAUAAAUAUAUAUAUGUAUAUAUAUACUUCAGAAAAACUAAUCUUCAAAAGGAUUUUCUUUUUUUUAACACAAACGUUGGUGUUUUGUACGACUAUUUGAUAUGAUGAAUGAUUUGUUGACUGGAACAGAGCACACACCAGUAGAUAACCGUACCAGUGUCCCUGCACCGUACAGCACCUGGCAUUAACAUGAAUCACACCCUGGCUGCUACUACAUGCUGCUCUGUGCACCAGUUUGCAUUUGUACUGUGUUUUUCCUCCACACAUUGACCACAGUACACUGGAUUUGAAAUCAAGCAAUAUCCUUGAGGGUUAAGUGCUGACUGGAUGAGUUUUUUUGGGCGUGUCAGUGUCAGUGUUGGCAGAGCAGUGCAACAACUGCCCCACCUCUAGCUGGAAAUAUGAUAUGAUUACACUUCCUGUAUGGAUAUAAACUCAUUCACCUCAUACUAAUUGUUUUAUUUGAAAGUCAGCACACUGGGACACCUAAAUGGUUCAUGUACUACUGUCCACUGCUUACCAAGCUGCUUCUAGCCUUUUCUGGAUUGUUUUAUUUCCACAGUGGACCAUAUUUGCCACAUCCGGCGCUAUGUUUAGUUUUAGAGCGAGCUCAUUUAUCAUAAGUGUCCUUUCAAAGUGUUUGCAGGACUGGAUUGAAAAGCUUUUUCUGACACAAGUUACGUUGAUGCCAGGUGUCGUCGGUGCCACGGUGCUCGUGAUGGUUUCACUUUGGAGUGGAAAUGAGACCUUUUGCAGUUACUGAACAAAAAACAAUUUGUUGCAUCAAGAGGUGGAGAGACGAAGCUUUAUGUCUACGAGUAGCUCACACAGGACCUCACAGAGCUCUGCCACAUGGAGCCUGUGGAGCCUGUGGAGCUGACUGCGUAACGGUACAGUCCUGAGUCUUUCAUUCCUUCACCUGUAAUUUAUUGUUGUUGUUUUUUUUUUAUGUUAACUAUAUUAACGUUGUAUUACCAUG